AUGGGGGAGCCACUGGCACGGGAGGCGGCGCGGGAAGCGGCGCGAGAGCGCAUUGAGAACCUGGAGCGCCCGCAGCUCGACGACCGCUCGUACCGCAUCGUCACACUGUCGAACAAGCUCGAGGUGCUGCUGAUCCAUGAGGCGGGGAGCGACAAGGCGGCCGCCGCCCUGGACGUCAACGUGGGCAGCUUCAGCGACGCAAAGGACAUGCCGGGCAUCGCCCACGCAGUCGAGCACCUGCUGUUCAUGGGCACCGAGAAAUACCCCAAGGAGAACGCCUACAACACGUAUCUGACCUCGCACGGCGGCUACUCGAACGCCUUCACCGCCGCCACCUCGACCAACUACUACUUCGAGCUCUCCUACCAGCCCGCGACCGACGACACCGACCUCGAGUCCAAGGACGAGUCGCCGCUGUGGGGCGGACUCGACCGCUUUGGCCAGUUCUUCAUUGCCCCGUUGUUCCUCGAGGACACGGUCGACCGCGAGAUCAAGGCCGUCGAUUCCGAGAACAAGAAGAACCUGCAGAACGACACAUGGCGCUUGCACCAGCUGAACAAAGCUCUUGCGAACCCAGAGCACCCGUACUGCCACUUCUCGACAGGAAGCUGGGUCACGCUGCACGACGACCCGAUUGCGCGAGGCGUCAAGAUUCGCGACAAGUUCAUGGAAUUCCACUCCAAGCACUACUCGGCGAACCAGAUGAAGCUGGUCGUGCUGGGCCGUGAAAGCUUGGACACCCUCGAGCAGUGGGUCGAGGACAUCUUUGCGCAGGUGCCCAACAAGGAUCUUCCAAAGAGGCGGUGGGACAUGCCAGUCUACACAGAGAGGGAGCUGCUUACACAGGUCUUCGCAAAGCCGGUCCUGGAGUCGAGAUCGCUCGAGCUUCAGUUCCUGUACCGCGACGAGGAGGAGCUCUACGAGUCACAUCCCUCGAGAUAUCUCAGCCACCUGCUGGGUCACGAGGGACCGGGCAGUAUCUUGGCAUACAUCAAGGAGAAGGGCUGGGCGAACGGACUGGGUGCGGGAGGUUCUACACUAUGUCCCGGCUCAGGCUUAUUCAGCGUCAACGUGAAGUUGACCGACGAGGGUCUGAAAAACUACAAGGAGAUCGCCAAGAUCAUCUUCCAGUAUAUCGCCUUGAUCCGCGAGCAGCCACCCCAGGAAUGGAUAGUGGACGAGCAGAAGCGCAUCAGCGAAGUCGACUUCCGUUUCAAGCAGAAGAGCCCACCAAGCCGGACAGCAAGCGGACUGGCUGGCGUCAUGCAAAAGCCGUACGAUCGUACGAAGCUGUUGAGUGGUCCAGCAGUCAUCAGCAAGUUCGACUCCAACCUCAUCAGCGAGGCCAUGUCAUACUUGCGACCGGACAACUUCAGGAUGACCAUUGUCAGCCAGAAUUUCCCAGGCGACUGGGACCGCAAGGAGAAGUGGUACGGCACCGAGCACAAGGUUGAGAAGAUCCCCGAGGACUUCCUCAAGGAGGUCAGGGAAGCGUUUGAGAGCGAGAACAGGCCGAAGGAGCUGCACCUCCCGCACCGCAACGAGUUCAUUCCCAGCCGACUGGAUGUCGAAAAGAAGGAGAUCGAGACACCUGCCAAGGAGCCGAAGCUGGUCAGACACGACGACAACGUUAAGAUCUGGUGGAAGAAGGACGAUCAGUUCUGGGUACCCAAGGCUAACGUUCACAUUUACUUCAAAACGCCUAUUACAUACGUUAGCGCGAGAGUAGUGCUCCUUUGUACACUCUUCCGCGAGCUCGUUAACGACGCGCUCGUCGAGUACUCAUACGAUGCCGAUAUCUCCGGCCUAGUAUACGACUUCAGUAAUCAUAUCAGCGGUCUUUCGAUCACUGUUAGUGGGUACAACGAUAAGCUGCACGUACUGCUCGAGAAGGUACUCCUGCAAGUACGCGAUCUUGAGGUACGCGAAGACCGCUUUGCCAUUAUUCACGACAGAAUGUCGCGCUCGCUGCGCAACUGGGAUAUCGGGCAGCCGUACGGUCAAGUUGGCACUUAUUCGCGCACAUUCAAGAGCGACAGGAGCUUUAUGAACGAGGACCUGACUAAAGAGCUGGACAAUGUGACAGCUAAGGAUGUGCAGGAGUUCUACCCUCAGAUCCUUGCGCAAUGCCAGAUCGAGGUUUUGGCUCACGGCAACUUGCGCAAGGAGGAGGCAUUGAAGAUUACAGACAAAGUGAUUGAGAUCGUAAAGCCCAGACAUCUGCCGGAUAGCCAGUUGCCCAUUCGACGGAACCUUAUUCUGCCUCCUGGGAGCAAUUACAUCUACGAGAAGCAACUGAGGGAUCCCGCAAAUGUGAACCACUGCAUUGAGUACAGCUUGUACGCUGGCAACCGUUACGACAACGACAUCCGGGCCAAGUUGCUCCUAAUCGGCCAGAUGACCGAUGAGCCGUGCUUCAACCAGCUACGAACCAUCGAGCAGCUCGGCUACGUCGUCUUCUCAAGCGCAGCCUUCCACGACACAUGGGCCGGCUACCGCAUCCUGAUCCAGAGUGAGAAGGACUGCAGGUACCUCGAGGGCCGCAUUGAGAACUUCCUCAACUCUUUCGAGAAGACGCUGCAAGAGAUGAGCGAAGAGGACUUCGAGGGCCACAAGCGAGCGAUCAUCAAUAAGCGUCUGGCGAAGCUGAAGAACCUAAGUCAAGAGGACAACAGGUUCUGGAAUCAUAUCUACAGUGACUCGUAUGAUUUCCUGCAAGCCGACACCGACGCUGAGUUCAUCGGCAAGCUCACCAAGAAGGACCUCGCAGAUUUCUACGCACACUAUAUAUCCACCGCCUCGCCGCAUCGCGCAAAGCUUUCAGUCCACCUGCAAGCGCAGUCCAAGCCCAAGGAGCCCACCCUCGACGAGAAGAAGCAAGCCGCCAUCGCCGCGCUUACCGUCAUCUUCAACGAGCACAAGAUUGAUGCCAAUGCGGAUGACGUGAAGAGCCGCAUUGAGGAUGUCACCUCUGCUGACGGCAUCCCCAGUGCCAUUGGAACUUACCUCAAUCAUUCCCUGUCGCUCGACAAGGAGACAACAGACAAGAUCCUCGACUCAACGAAGGCUGCGCUAGGUGUUGCCGACGCCGGGCUCCCCGCUGAGCCGGAGGUCAAGGCUGAUGCAGCGAGCCCUUCGGGUGCGGGCCAGCCCGUUCUCAUCAAGGAUGUGCACGCGUGGAAGGCUGGUAUGCAGGUUAGUGCUGGCGUCAAGCCGGUCAGGCCUUUGGAGGAGUUCGUCGAGAUCGCAGAGAGGCUUUAAGAUGGCCUCAAAGCACUGGAUACAGGAGUUUUUCUGUCGCAAGGUGCAAAUAGAACGGGAAGCAGUCUCGACGUACUCCCAGAUCGAAAAUUAGCGAUUAGGUAGAUGGCGUGGGUGGCUACCUGCUACCCAUUGUAC